AAUCAAGGUUGAAGGUAAACUCCGUAAUCGUGUCGUGUAAUGUAAUUUGAUAUUUAUUCUAAAAUGAAUGUAAAAAACAACAAAAUGGAUUCAAACCUAACCGGUAUGUGGGUAAGUUUCUUCACAACAGCUGGUAUACCAUCAGAUGUGGCUGCUACAUAUGCGCUUACAUUUACCGAGAACAGGAUCCAGAGUGAUAUGCUGUUGGAUCUGAAUAAGGAGUACCUCAGAGACAUGGGGAUAACACGAAUGGGAGAUGUUAUUGCUAUAUUACGUCAUUCAAAACAAGUACACGAAAAUGCAGCUCGUGAUAAGGUGCUUAGUAAUACUAGUGUGAACAAGGUGCCUGUGGCGGCCAUCACAGGUCGCUCUACACUCCCACAACCUUCAUCACCGGCUAGUCGAAUCUUGGAACAUUACACUCGCAAUUCUCAGUCUGAAUCACCCAGCCCCUCACCACAAUUGAAACGGAAAGCAGUUCAACCUAAUGACAAUAUUGAUGAAAGUGAAAAGAACUUGAAGAAAGCACGUCUCAUUCGCUUUGGAUCAACAGGGCUGACCCAACUAGUUACCAGUGAAGCACCAUCUAACAAGCAAACGGUGUUCUCUCGUCUUGGUAGCAACGAAUCAGUUACCAAUGCAACAAAACCGUCCGCUAAGCCCAUAUUCGCGAGAUUGGGUGCAAAAUCUGCACAAGUGGACCACGUCAUACCGAUGCAGAAAGAUGCCCUUAAAUAUGAAGGCAUAUUGAAAGCUUCCCCACCCACAAAGAAAACAGUGAUGGUAACUACUUCAAAGAACAACAUCAGAAAGAUCAACUGUACCAUGAGAGCUGAUGAAAUACCGGUCAGUGUUAAAGAAAAAUUAGCCAAACCUAAAUCUGUGAAAUUUUCAAAUCAAAUACAGUACAAAGAAAUUGAAAUAAAUAAAAAGAUUCAACCCAAGAAAGCCACACAAAUUUUUAAUAAACCAGAGAGGAGAUUGUCUAUGACCGAAACCAGUGUAAAAUCCAGAUUGGGCAACCAAAGUGCGAAUAACUUAACCAUUACGAGAAACGUUUUCAAUAGACUUGGUGUUUGAUCGUGUUUUGUUAAAGUGACUGUGUUCAGAUGUGAAAAUGUUCAAAGAAUAGUAAGUGAGUCCAGGAAGCAAACAAUAUAAUGUUAUUUGUUUUUAAUUAUUGAA